AUGGCUGAUCGUCGUGAUGAAAAGCCCGCGGACUUCUUACUACCAGAGACAGUUAAAAGCUGGUUCUCACACAUGUACAAGCAUUUAAUGUCGGGCAACGUGCUCGACAUGGCGCGUCUGUACGAUCGUGAGUUCCAUAACUUGACAAACAAUUACUUUAAACAAACGUCGUGGCCUGAACCAAGUGCUGUAAAGUCUCUUGUGGACAAUAAUCCGACCUUUCUGUUGUUAUAUAAACAAAUUUACUUUCGCCAUCUGUUUUCACGGAUGCAGCCAGGCAUGGAUAUGAAAGUGGCGUCUUGGGAGACAUAUGUAGCCAUCUUUGAUGGGGUGUUGGAUGGAUCAUUGAACCUUAAAGCAUUGCCAUCGCAAUGGGUCUUUGAUAUUGUAGGCGAGUUUGUAUACCAGUAUCAGUCAUACAGCCAAUUUCGUGCCAAGGUCGCUACAAAAAGCGAGGCAGAGAUCGCUUCGUACCAGGAAAACCUCUUGAUCUGGGACACGAGUAAAGUGCUCAGCUAUCUACACGCCCUGGUGCGUCAUUCAAAGAUUGUGGAGAUUUUAAAGGAGGGAGAAGGUGUACAGACUUCGUCUGACGUAGUCACGGAGCUUGGAUACUUUAGCCUCAUUACACUGGCCCGUGCCCACGUACUGUUUGGAGACUAUUACACGUCACUAAAGCUGCUGGAACCCAUUGAUCUUUUCAAUAAGAGCUCACGUGGCGAGGCCAAAACCACGGCAAAGAUCCAUGAAAAGUCUCCUGGAUGCCACGUCUCGGUGUUUUACCAUAUGGGUUUUGCCCAGCUCAUGCUCGAGGACUUUGUUGCGGCAAUUCACUCGUUUUCGACCAUUAUCCUGCAGGUGAACCGUAAUCGCAACUAUUACUCACGUUUUGCCGACUACGAGCAGCUCCAUAAGCUUACGGAGAGGGCCAUGGCUCUGCUUGCCAUUGCACUAUUUCUGUGCCCGGGACAGCGUGUGAACGAUCAGAUCCACGCGCUUAUCCGUGAGAAGUACGGUGACAAGCAGGGCAAACUGCAGACAGGUGACACCUCCGCUCUCGGUGAACUGUUCAGCUUCUCUUGCCCCAAGUUUAUCGUACCCGCUGUAGCGGUGGAGAGCAAAGCCGCCAUCAACCGUAGUACCGAGGCUUCGCAGCGGCAGCAGAAAGCCUUCAACGAUAUGGUAGCCCGUCAGCAGCACAUUCCAGCUGUGCGGUCGUACAUUAAACUCUACCGAUCCAUUGACUUGGAAAAGCUGGCAGCAUUCCGUCGUAUCGACGUUGAGCUCGCGCGCGCCGAACUUAUGGCCCUGAAAGUCAGCGGCUCGCGUCUCAAGCUGGAUGUGCACGUCUUCUUGAACAACGAUCUCGUCCUUAUUGACGAAGAAACGAGUAACCAGCGUACGGGUGAGUUCUUUAUUAACCACAUUCACAAAUUCGCGCGCAUUGUGGACGAGUGCGCUGCCAAUUAG